AUGAUCGGAGUAAAAAGCUUAAUUUCAGCAGCAUUUUUAGGUUUUUCUUGUCUUUCUAAGGUAGUUUUGGGUGGGGAUGAAGCUCACUUUAUCUCAGAACACAUCACUUCCUUAACUUCAUCAAAUUUUGAGGACUUCGUAAAGAGCAAGAGCCACGUACUUAUCACUUUCUUCGCCCCAUGGUGUGGCCACUGUACCGCUUUGGAGCCAGAAUUCAAGGCAACUUGUGCUGAGAUCUCAAAGCUAUCUCCUCCAGUUUUCUGUGGUAGUGUUGAUGCAACUGAGAAUAUGGAACUUGCACAACAACAUGGUGUUAGCGGAUACCCAACCAUCAAGUUCUUCACCGGUAUUGAUAAUGUUCAGAAUUAUUCAGGAGCAAGAAGCAAGGAUGCAUUUAUCAAGUAUAUUAAGAAGUUGACUGGACCAGCAGUUCAGAUUGCAGAGUCUGAAGAUGCUAUCAAGACUAUUUUUGCCUCUUCUUCCUCAGCCUUUGUUGGAAGAUUCACUUCUAAAGACUCAGCUGAGUAUGCUGUAUUCGAGAAGGUUGCCAAUGGUCACCGUGAACACAACUAUGCCUUCAUUGCAUUCUUCCAAGCUGGUGAUCAAAAACUCGAGGUCUUACAUAAGGAUGAAGACCCAGUAUCUCUCCCAAUGCCAAAGACUGUUGAAGAGUUGGAAGCCAAGAUUUCCAUAAUGAAUGUCCCAUUAUUCUCUGCAAUUAGCGCCGAGAACUACUCACUCUAUAUGUCAAGAGAAGGUUACACCGCCUGGUUCUGUGGUACCAAUGAAGACUUCGCUAAAUAUGCUGCAAAUAUUAGAAAGGUUGCAGCUGAUUACAGAGAGAAAUAUGCCUUCGUAUUUCUUGAUACUGAGCAGUUUGGUUCCCACGCCACUCAACAUCUCUUGAUUGAAAACUUCCCAGGUCUUGUUAUUCAGAGCGUUAAUGUUCCAUCAAUUAGAUACAUGUAUGGCCCAGCUAAAUUUGACUCGGUUGAACCAUUGAAGGAAUUUAUGAAGCAAGUUUCUGAGGGUAAACAUGAACUCAGCAUUAAGUCUGAGCCAAUCCCAGCUGAACAAUCUGGUCCAGUUACCGUUGUUGUUGGAAAGACUUUCGAGGAAAUCGUUUUUAGAAGUGACAAGGACGUUCUCUUGGAAAUCUAUGCCCAAUGGUGUGGACACUGCAAAAACCUCGAGCCAAUUUACAACCAGCUCGGAGAAGAGUACAAGGACAACGACAAGGUAGUGAUUGCAAAGAUCAACGGACCACAAAACGAUAUUCCAUAUGAAGGUUUCAGCCCAAGAGCUUUCCCGACUAUCUUAUUUGUCAAGGCCGGAACCAGAACUCCAAUUCCUUAUGACGGAAAAAGAACUGUUGAAGCCUUCAAGGAAUUCAUUAAGGAGCAUUCCUCCUUCCCUCAGGAAAAAGAGUCUCGUGAUGAGCUCUAA